CAGGUCGCGUUGCGUUCAGGAGGCUUGCUGUGGAAGAAAGCGGCAGAGAGAGAGAGACUCAAAAAGAAAGAAAGAGAGAGAGAGACUCGGAGAAACAGCAGCCUGGGAGCAUGUCGAGCGACUUCUACCUGCGAUACUACGUUGGACACAAGGGCAAAUUCGGCCAUGAGUUCUUGGAGUUUGAGUUCCGACCCGACGGAAAAUUGAGGUAUGCCAAUAACAGUAAUUACAAAAAUGAUGUCAUGAUCAGAAAAGAAGCCUAUGUACACAAGAGCGUGAUGGAGGAGCUGAAGAGGAUAAUCGACGACAGUGAAAUCACAAAGGAAGAUGAUGCUUUGUGGCCGCCUCCUGAUCGAGUUGGUCGGCAGGAGCUGGAGAUUGUGAUAGGAGAUGAACACAUUUCAUUCACAACCUCCAAAAUUGGAUCUCUGAUUGACGUCAAUCAGUCCAAAGACCCUGAAGGCCUCCGAGUAUUUUACUACCUGGUUCAAGAUCUGAAAUGUCUCGUCUUCAGUCUCAUCGGUUUACACUUCAAGAUCAAGCCUAUUUAAGGAAGGGGAAUGGAACUCUUUUUUUUUUUUUUUUUUUUUUUUUUUUUUUUUUGUCUGCUUCUUUUGGAACAUUUGUAUAUUGCUUUUGGGCAAACUUGUCUUUUUUUAAAAUUUAAAUAAAGUGAUCUUGUUUUUCUUCA